AAAUUCUCUUCCCUUCCCCUGCUUUCUGAAAAAGCACAAGCUCUUAAUUUAACUAGUGUGUAUUGAAUCAAAGAUGGUUAUUUAUUUAACCAUAUUGCACUGCUACACCCUGCUACAAAAGGUCACUUGCCUUGGAUGGUGGUAGGUCUUUGUCCUUUCUUUGCAGAAUGUUUGUUGUUGCAUUCGAUUUGAGCACAAUUGGCAGCUUAAAACCCUCCGUAAGCUCGAGAGUUGAUGUGCAAGUACAAGACCGAGAUGUUAAACUGGAAAAAAAAGAAGGGACAGGUCAGGGUUGCAGCUGCCUUACCCUGCAACAGCUUAAAAGUACUCAGACUGAGUGUGGAGAACAGGCUCCAGUGGCUUAGUUCUGAGAGAGGGGCCGGGCUCACAGGUUACUGUGCCCCGUAGAAUAACCCGUCAGCAUUUCGUUACCUGCCUCCCAAACACCUUGACAAUUCAAGCAACAAAACGCUAAGGCACCAGUCAGUAAGAUUUCCCAAAGCCCACCACAUAUGCACUAAUGGUAACGUAUUGGGAAAGCCCAGCUUAUGACACUAAAUGGUUACCUUAAAAUGGACAUAAGUAUAUAUUUUUAAAUAAAAUGGAGAGGCAAUAAAUUGUGAUUAGCUCUUUACAGUCAAAUGAAGAAAAGUUAUUCUAUUCUGGACUAGAUUUGAUGGAAGAGGGAACUCGUAUGCAUACUUUUUUAAUAAUUGCAAAUGGCAAUAACAAGAAAGCUAUGAGCAAUAAUAUUAACAGUUCAUUAUGAUACUUUUUUUGUAGAGUGCACAUGUAACAGUGGAUUCUUAGGAGCCUGUAAAUUUUGGAAUUCUGCGUAGAUUUAACUUAGGUAUGCACUGGUGAAACGAAGGUUUCAGCUGCAAUGUGUUAGAGAAACACAGGCAUAAAGAACAACAGCCCAGCCUGCUGUUAACCACGCUCACUUGCGUUUUAUUGUUAGACCCUUGCCUCUCGAGCAGGGAAGAUUUUAAAGUACAGUAGAACUCUGCCGUAACUGAGUCUUCCAGAGGAUUCAAUCAGAAAAAGGCUUAUUAACACCCUGUCUUGCUAUGCAAGUUGUAACUACUUAAAUAUUGCAACAGAAUGUAUCCCUGUCGUUUAUGUUUUAAAACUCGGAAGUCUCAACCUUUUGGUAUCUUCUGGGGUGAUGCUGAGAAAAGGAAGUUUGGUUUAACACGGUGUUUUUCUAAAAGACCAUUACUGGACCCAGGAAUUUGGAUUGACCUCAUGACUUGCACAGAUUGAAGCCCAACAGGGCAGUGGUGAAUGUGACAUUACGUAGUUUCUUUUGGGAUCCGUUAAAAUAGAAGUACAAAAAGCAGCUGACAGACAGAAGGUAACUGCAGGUAGCUCUACCUUACAUACAGCUACACGUUUAAGGCAGGCAUUGUUUCGGUAAGAAGCUCACGACCGCGUGGGGAAUUCUUCAAGCCAUAGAUGGAAUAAUCUAAAUUCUGAUUCUAGCGUGUAACCUCGCUCCAGUAUGAAAGAGGUACCUUGUGAAUUUGCACUAUUCUGAUUGCUAAUGUUGUGCAGAAUGAAUGCCUUACCUGUUUUGCUCCCCGAUGUUUAGGUUUAUAAGCUUUCUAAUGUUUCGAGUUACGCUGAACCAAAACCAAAAAGCGCUUCCCCCAGCCCCAUUCCAAGGGCAGUCGGAUGGCUGCGGGAUGGCCAGCUCGGUAGGAUAGCUGCGUCCCGUGCGCAGCGCUCAGCAGGAGGUGGCAGAGGUACAGCAGUGACCAUACAGCACCCCCGUACUUGUUGGGAUGGAACCAUUUGCUGAACGUGUGUUCCUAGGCAUUACCUUUACUUGUGCAGACUGACCAAGAGACCUUUGAUGCUGAUUUUCGAGGCGCGUCAGCCCUGGGCUGGUUGGACUUGCGUCAGCUGCCCGGAAUGGCAGUCGCUAGGUUACGAACUCACGCGGAUCUCAGUGAAGGGUUGGUUGUACGUGUUGUGCAUCAGUCAGAAUUGCGGAAUCGGGACAAAUGGUCGUUACGUUUGUAAAACCGUGUACAGAAGAUUUUUCACUACGUGCCUGGCUUUGGUGUCCAUUCGGCUGAAAUUAAUCGAGAAGGUGCAUGAAGAGAAGCAGGUAGAAACAAAAAGUAUAUGUAGAGAUGACUAUUUUAUAUUACAUGGCCCAAUCCUGUAUUUAUUUCCCCCCUUUUUUGAAGUAUUUAUAAAGACCUAGUCGAAGACAGCUGUAUUUUUUGUUAAGAUAUUCGGUAGAAUUGUGCCUUUUUGUCCGUACGUGAAUAAAUGCUGUACAUUUUUGCAGUACGCUCACAGCGGUGUUUAGAAGGCGCAGUGAUUACCGAGGCGCCGUUCGGCACAAGCCGCUCCCGGCGGCUCGCUCAGCUCUGCCCCCCUGCGCUGCGGGGCGGCGAUGUGCGCGCCUUCCGUUGGAGGCGGGGCGGCGCUCGGCGGAAGGGGCGGGACGGGAGCGGCGGGGCCGCUGUGGCCAUGGCCGCCGUCGCGGAGGAGCUGCGGGAGCCGGAGCGGGACGGGGGCUGCGAGCACUACCGGCGGGGCUGCCUGCUGCGGGCGCCGUGCUGCGGGAAGCUGUACCCCUGCCGGCUGUGCCACGACGGCGCCGAGGAGCACCGCCUGGACCGCUUCCGCGUGGCCGAGGUGCAGUGCACGCGCUGCCGCCUCCUGCAGAAGCCCCAGCGGUGCUGCGAGGGCUGCGGCAGCCUCUUCGGGGAGUACUACUGCGAUGUGUGCCACCUCUUCGACCGCGACAAGAAGCAGUACCACUGCGGCGAGUGCGGCAUCUGCAGGAUCGGCCCCAAGGACGACUUCUUCCACUGCGCCAAAUGCAACCUGUGCCUGAGCCUGAGCCUGCGGGGGAAGCACAAGUGCAUCGAAAAUGUCUCCAGGCAGGAUUGUCCCAUAUGCUUGGAGGACAUUCACACAUCCCGUGUGGAAGCUCGCGUUCUGCCGUGCGGUCACCUGCUUCACAAAACAUGUUAUGAAGAGAUGUUAAAAGAAGGCUACAGGUGUCCUUUGUGCAUGCACUCUGCUUUAGAUAUGAGAAGGUACUGGCGUCAGCUGGAUGAUGAAGUAGCACAAACUCCUAUGCCCACAGAGUAUCAGAACAUGAUGGUGGAGAUUCUCUGUAAUGAUUGCAAUUCCCGGUCUACAGUGCAGUUCCAUCUCCUAGGGAUGAAGUGUACAAACUGUGAAUCGUACAAUACUGCCCAAGAUGGAAAAUCUAAGCAGCCUGUGGAGUAGCAGUGCCUAAGCAACGUGCUGCAUACGGCUGGACAAGGAAGACCCUACUGUGGAAGAGGCUAUCUGUUAAAAUAAAUUGUCAGUAAACAUUAUUCAAAGGUG